AUGCUUGGUCCAACGGUGCUCUGCUCUUCCGCUCAGGCGUUCUCCCGAGCCAUGGAAGAAAGAGCAGAAGGGAAAAAGCGGCUGCGUUCGAGCCUGGGGCCAUCUGUUCUGAAGAUUAUUGCCAUCAUAGUCAUAUUUUCUGGUUUUCCAUCGUUGCCCUGCGUAGGGGCGAAGGAGGACGCGCCCGUGUCUCUCGCCUGCAGCGCGAGUGGCUCCGAGACCACGUGCACCUGCUCCACACAGGUAAACACGGACGGCGAGAGCAACAGGUCGGCUAUUCUGUCAAAAGAGACAAAUAUCCUUAGCGUCAACUGUGAUGAGACUCUUCAGUUUUUCCCCACGGGGGAAAAUGGCACGACGGUCUGUCCAGCAGGGGUUACCGCCCAGAACCAGUGCAACCUUAGCGUUCCCGAGCUUCUCUCCGAAAAAAGCGACGUCAAGUGGGAAGACUGCGACAUAAAAGCCAAGGGCAAGAAUCCGUGCAAGCGUCUGACGAUUCCUGAAGUCACCCUCCCGUUCGUCGACCAAAAAUUUGCCGUGGGAUGUACCGCCAACCCAGCAGACAGCUCAAAAAUAUGCGAAGUCCCUGUGACAAUCCAGGCCAGAGCUACCGAGACAAACGGUCAGACUGUCACCUGUGCCUAUGGCGCCGACAGCAACGAAAUCCGUCAAGCCGUCACGCUCAACCCAUCCAAGAACAGCUUCACUCUGGUCUGUGGAGACAAGGGAACCGUGUUGCCGACGAACUACGAUACUAAGUUUUGCUCAUCGGAUCCAGAGAAGGCGAAGGAGACUUGCGAUGGAGACUACGAGUCGAUUCUGCCGGGAUUCGAGAACAGCUGGUGGAAAAAGAAUAUAUUUGCCAACUCGUUCACUCUGUCGAUUCCGGUGGAGAAGUUCCCGACGGAGCAGGCGAAGAUGGUCGUCGCGUGCCAGCAAACGACACCGAAACCCAGCAGCAAGAUAGCCAAAGAUGAGAUAGCAACGUCCAGUGUGUGUAGAGUCGACGUCUCUAUCGAGGCCGGUGGCGCUGCCUCCUUGUCACUAGGCUCGUGGUACUUCUCUUCUUGGCUUCUGGCAUUCGCCGUCACUCUCCUGGUAGCCCGCUUCAUGUGA